UUUUUAAUGACCAGUGAGAAGUAGGGAACAUGCAGGAGCUAAAUACGCUUCAAUUACUCCAACCGGACACCGGAAUUUUAAAAAGUACCUAAAAAAAAAUUAAAAUAACAUUUAAUUGUUAUUAAUAACAUUAAUCAGCGCGUUUCGACGCCUCGGUGCUAACCCCUGAGCACGACACCCACAUAGAGAAAUUAUUAACAAUAUCUAGGCUAUACUAGAUCGCAGUAAAAAAGUACGAGUCAUCACAGAUACACAACACACACUAGCAGUCCAAGAUGGCAGAAGGCCAGGAGACAGCAAAGAAAAUAACGAUUUUCGUAAAAACUCCUAAGGACAAACAUUCCAUCGAAAUUGAAGAAAAUGCGAGCAUUAAAGACUUCAAAAAAGCAGUCGCAGAAAAAUUCAGCGCUGCGAUUGAGCAGCUCUGCUUGAUAUUCGCGGGGAAAAUAAUGAAAGAUCAUGAGACAUUGGAGACACAUCGGAUCAAGGAUGGAUUGACAGUUCACUUGGUGAUAAAAACACCACGUCCGGCUGCUACGCAGCCGGACACUGCGCCUCCGCCUCUACGAUCAGUUCCGGAUAUUGGAGCGAAUCCCUUCGGGUUAGGAAAUAUUGGAGGACUGGCGGGCUUGGAGAAUUUAGGACUUGGGUCUGCGAACUUUGCUGACCUACAGCAACGCAUGCAACGCGAGCUGCUGUCGAACCCAGAAUCCAUGCGGCAGGUUUUUGACAAUCCUUUGGUGCAAAGUUUGAUGGAAAAUCCGGAGAAUGUCAGGAUGUUAGUGUCGGCUAAUCCUCAAAUGCAAGAGUUGAUGCAGCGCAAUCCGGAGAUCAGUCAUAUGUUGAAUAAUCCAGAGUUAUUGAGACAAACAAUGGAACUAGCCCGGAACCCAUCGAUGCUCCAAGAAUUAAUGCGCUCUCACGACCGAGCCCUAUCGAACCUCGAAAGCAUUCCAGGCGGCCACAGCGCUCUCCGACGCAUGUACCGCGACAUCCAGGAGCCGCUGCUCGCAGCAGCAGCCAACGAUCGCAACCCAUUCGCUGCGCUGGUAGAGAACAGCACUGACAGUGUAAAUAACCCUCAGCAGGGCCAGGAGAACCGGAACCCUCUGCCAAACCCCUGGAGUCCUCCAGAGCGCACAGAGGGAGGAACUACAGGAACUGGAACUGGAACCGGAACUGGAACUGGAACCACCACCGGGUCUCUUGGUGGGACUCUGGGUGGUCUGGGUCGCGGCCUUCUUGACUCUCCAGGAAUGCAGAGCCUGACGCAGCAGAUGAUGGAGAACCCCCAGCUGCUGAGAAACAUGCUUGGCUCACCUUACACGCGCUCAAUCCUCGAGGCGAUGUCCGACGACCCCGCGAUCGCCGACAGCAUCCUCUCCGCGAACCCUCACUUCAGGUCCAACCCGCAAAUGCAAGAGCAAAUGCGUACAAUGCUCCCGGCGUUCAUCCAGCAGAUGCAGAAUCCUCAGAUUCAGAGCGUGGUCACGAACCCCGACGCCCUGGCUGCGAUAAUGCAGAUUCAGCAGGGUAUGGAACAGCUCAGGACCGUCGCUCCUGAUUUUGUUGGGUCUAUGGGAGGACUGGGAACUUUUACUGCGCCACCUACUGGAACACAAGGAACCACUACUGGAUCUACAACAGGUCAGACUGGAACAACUGGAACAGGAACGACUGCUCCAGAAACCGGAACAGGAACCGGAACAACAACCGCGAGCACCCCAGGAACUCAAGAUCCGUUCGCGAGCCCUCAGAACGCCUUUUCAAAUCUUUUAGCGCACGUUGUCUCUUCAAUGUCGCUCCACCAGCAGGAGAACGUUGACGGGCAAGGUGGCGUUGGUGUCGGAGGACAGAACCUCCCACCACCCGAGGAACGCUACCGUACGCAACUAGAACAACUUACUGCGAUGGGAUUCGUCAACAGAGAAGCCAAUAUUCAAGCUUUGAUAGCGACUUUCGGAGACAUUAAUGCCGCCGUCGAAAGAUUACUUGCCAACGGGCAAGUUUCGAUGAGCUAACCGCCAAUAUUCCAAUAAUGAUAACGAUAAUGAUAAUUAAUGUUAUUAAUUAUAAUUAAUAUUCCUCACUUUUAAUAAUUAUUCUUUUGAUUUUUGUCUAUGCAAGAGAUUUAAAAUUUUUUAAAUUACAUCCGGUGAAUAUUUAUUCAUUUAACUAAAUAAAUCUCUGGCAGUAAAUAAAAAUCAGUAACACUACUCUUGGCGUUUAAAAUUUUCACUUUGCAUUUUAUUUAACUGGUUGUUAAUUACGGACAAAAUAUAUUAUUUAUAAUAUGGA